UCAGAGGAGCUACUUUUUUGCUAUUUUUGAGAAAUGAACUCGGGGCAAUCAACUCCUUAAAUAUUUGCACAUUUACAGUAUGGCCUGAACACCUGUUAGCUUUUUGUUUGUAGUGUAUAUUUUGUGUACUUUCUUGGAUAAGCUCAAAAACAACGACAGGAUACAUCUAGUGCAUUUUGUAUUGGAACGUCGUGACAACCGGAAGUGAAAGUAAAAGCCGGAGUUUCCUGGUUCGGACGCACAGUGUCUGCUUCUGAAGCGACAUGAGCUCUUUAAAGUUCAACAAACUUUUGCUGGAUAUUUCCAACCAGCUGACCCAGGAUCAGCUGGACAAAAUGAAGUUCCUGUUGAAAGACAUGGUCGGUAAAAAGGAGCUGGAGAAGAUCACGAGCGGGACGCAGCUGUUUCAGGUGCUGACGGAGAGACGCCAACUAGGGGGCGACCAGACGGAGUAUCUGUCCAAGUUGCUCCAAGACAUUCACCGAGCAGACCUCUCGGACAAAUUGGACAACUUUGAAAACGGUUCCGCGUUCUGCGACGACCAACCGGACCCCUCGGAGAGAGCUAAACUGGAUACUGCCACCGAUGUGAUCGCCGAGAACCUGGGAAAGCCGUGGCGCAGGCUGGGCCGGAGGCUGGGUUUGACCGAUGUCAAGCUGGAUUCGGUCUCCGCGAGGCACACGGACCUGGAGGAGACGGCCAGGGAGAUGCUGAAGGAGUGGCGGAAGAGUCGGGGGGCCGAGGCCCGAGCGUCGGAUCUGGUGGAAGCUCUGAGGCGCUGCGACCUAAACCUGACUGCCGACAAAGUGGUGGACAAACUUUCAACCCCCUGACGUGGACGGGUUGUUUAACAGAUGACGCAUGAACUCCGGGAGAGAAAAGGGAGAUUUGAUUAACCUUUUUUGAGAAAGCAAUGAAUAAAAAUCACAAAAGGUCACAAAAAAAAGUUGGGCUAAUGGUGUUCUGUUUCGUUAAUUCUUCUUGAUUGGAUUAAAUCCUGAUCUGAGCCUAAAAACUGGGAUUUCAAAGCAAAUCUGAUCCUGUAGAUUCAGAUUAGGGAAUCCAGUCCUACCUUUGAAUAAAAGACUGCUGAACCCAAUAAAAGCUGUUGAGUGUUUCUAAACUUUAUUGGGAAAUCUGGAACCAGUUUGAUCCUAAAAAUCAGGCUUACCCCGAUCCCACCUGUUAUGACCCAGAGUGUCAUAAUAAAGUGCAGCUCUCCUCCCUGCCUGAGGGGGUUGCUGUUAUAUUUCGCCUUGCUCUGUGUCUGUUCUUCUUUGCAGUUGAUUGGACGUCUGUGUAUAAAAGGGAUCCUGUGAGAGCCAGCCCGGUAUCUUCUUUUGCCGGUCUCUCCAGCUUCCUACCGGGCCAUGCUGCACUUCGUGGAUUUUUGGGUGGGGGCGGUGAGAAGCCUUUUUGUUUGUUCAUGUUUUCUCCUGUUUUCGGGUAGGGAGAUAGGUAAGACACUUGUAUUUGGUUUGUUUCUUUGUGUGUUCUAGGGAAGGUAGGGGACCUGCACAGAUUGUUUUGUUUGUUGUUUUGGGCCACGCUCACCCUGAGGUUCAUGACCUCGAACUGAAAUAAAUACCCCUUGUGAAUGAUAA